GCUCACAGUGCUAACAUCCACCUCUGUCUCGGCCAAUCAGAGCGGUCUCCCCACCGGCCCAUCCUGCAGGCGGGGCUGCCGGCCAAUCAGACGGUGUUGCUGGGCAGCAAGGUGGUGUUCCGCUGCAAGGUGUUCAGCGACGCCCAGCCGCACAUCCAGUGGCUGAAGCACAUCGAGGUGAACGGCAGCCGCUACGGCCCCGACGGAGGGCCCUACGUCGACAUCCUCAAGACCGCUGGUAUUAACACCACUGACGGGGAGCUGGAGGUGCUGGUGCUGCUCAACGUCUCCCUGGACGACGCCGGGGAGUACACGUGUCUGGCUGGGAACUCUAUCGGUUAUACUUACCACUCCGCUUGGCUCACGGUUCUCUCAGACCUGGAGCAGGACAAGGAGGACGACUAUGCCGACAUUCUCAUCUGGGUGACGGGCUGCGUGCUCUUCAUCCUCACCAUCGUCAUCAUCGUCUUGUGCCGCAUGAGGAUGACCACACAGAAGACCCUUCCCUCGCCCCACGUGCACAAACUCUCCAAAUUCCCCCUCAAGAAACAGGUAUCCUUGGAUUCCAACUCCUCCAUGAACUCCAACACGCCAUUGGUCAGGAUCGCCCGCCUAUCAUCCAGCGACGGACCAAUGCUGGCCAACGUGCUGGAGCUGGAGCUGCCCUCGGACCCCAAGUGGGAGUUCUCCCGAACCCGGCUGACCCUGGGGAAGCCGCUGGGCGAAGGCUGCUUUGGUCAGGUGGUGAUGGCCGAGGCCAUCGGAGUGGACAAGGACAAACCCAACAAACCUCUGACCGUGGCCAUCAAAAUGCUGAAAGACGAUGCUACCGAUAAGGAUCUGUCGGACCUGGUGUCGGAGAUGGAGAUGAUGAAGAUGAUCGGCAAACACAAGAACAUCAUCAACCUGCUGGGAGCCUGCACUCAGGACGGUCCUCUCUACGUCCUGGUGGAGUACGCGUCCAAGGGGAACCUCCGGGAGUACCUGCGGGCCCGGCGCCCCCCUGGCACCGACUACUCCUUCACCACCUGCAAGAUCCCCGAGGAGCAGCUCACCUUCAAGCACCUGGUGUCCUCCGCCUACCAGGUGGCCCGCGGCAUGGAGUACCUGGCCUCGCAGAAGUGUAUCCACAGAGACCUGGCCGCCCGGAACGUUCUGGUUACCGAUGACAAUGUGAUGAAGAUCGCAGACUUCGGCCUCGCCAGAGACGUGCACAACAUAGACUACUACAAGAAGACCACCAACGGCCGUCUGCCGGUGAAGUGGAUGGCUCCGGAGGCGCUGUUCGACCGGGUCUACACGCACCAGAGCGACGUGUGGUCGUACGGCGUGCUGCUGUGGGAGAUAUUCACGCUGGGGGGGUCUCCGUACCCGGGGAUCCCGGUGGAGGAGCUCUUCAAGCUGCUGAAGGAGGGCCAUCGCAUGGACAAACCGGCCAACUGCACCCAUGAACUGUACAUGAUCAUGAGGGAGUGCUGGCAUGCGGUUCCAUCCCAGAGACCGACGUUCAGACAACUGGUUGAGGACCAUGACCGAGUCCUGUCCAUGACGUCCACCGACGAGUACCUGGACCUAUCGGUGAGCUUCGAGCAGUACUCGCCGACGGGGCGUGACAGCGACAGCGCCUGCUCCUCCGGAGACGACUCGGUGUUCGCCCACGACCCCCCGCCUCAAGAGCCCUGCCCCCCCGCCUCACCGCCUAGCAACGCUGUCAUCAGGACUUAAGCCCCGCCCCUUACCCAGUCACGCUGGCACCGCUGGGGCUCCGCCUCUUCCUCCACGUCUUCCUCGUCCUCUUCUUCCUCUGCAAAGAUGAGAUCUAUUUUUAUACUGGGCCAGUUUUCCAUUAGAGUCUGUGGGAUCCAACCAUUCCAUGGCGAGGUGUGUGUCACUUCCUGUUGAGGAGGAAGUGACCUCACAGCAGAAAAUGAAGACCAUUGGUCAGUUGCUGACCAGUGAUCCUGGGCAUUGAGCUGUGUUUAAUAUGAUAUAUUGGUCAGUACUUCAGUUCAUACGCAUUGAGUAGCGCAAGAUUCCUCCAAUCAGAAGCCCGGACAGUAGAAUCCAGUCUCCAAUGUUUACAACAGACCAGACUCGAGGCGGCUAACUGGGCUAGCAUGCGUUCAGAAGAACAUUACCAAAUACCAUCAAACCAUCUGUGAACUUCAUGGAAGAACCUUUCAGGGCUGUACGUAAAAGCUAUGGUUUGAGUUUUUGUAUCUAGAAAUGGAUUUUAUUGUAAAUAUAUAAAUGCAAGGAUGUAUCAUAUUGCUUUUCACAGAAAUGUACUUAAAACGUAAAAAACACAUUGUCUAGAAUUCUAGAACACACUGUCACGGGAGACAUGUAAUCCUUUUAAGUCACGCAAAAAGUUUAUUUGAAUAAUUAACGUGUAUAUUUGUAAAGGUAUUUAUAGACUUGACAUGUUUGAAAGAUCUAGUUUAGAAUUUAGAUACUGUAAGCAAAGAUUUGUUUUUCUUUUUUUAUAACUUAUUUUACAGUAGAACUGCAAGUCUUCAGAUUUAACACUUGUCUGUUUUUGUUUGUUUAUUGUCAAGAAAAAAGAAUGUAUGAUAUGUAUACAAAGAGGAUGUUCACAUACCGUUUGGCUGUCCUCCAAGGUAGACGCUCCAAAUGAUUAUUUUUCCACCGUAAAGUUUUCACUUUAGCGAUGUCAACUCUAAGCUGAUAUCUGGCAGGGCAGGUCCUCCUGCUGCCAUUGAGGCCUUCCUGUCUCCACCAAGUGCUCCAUCCAUCCCUACAGUGUGGUCUCUUCAACAGGGUAUAUGAUUCGAAGGGUGGUGGAUCCACUUCAUCCUAACAGAGUGGUGUCUUUAACAGGGUCGUUGUCGCUGGCCAGUGAAGGGUUGUGUCUUCAACAGGGUAGACGUCAUUGGCCUGUGAGGUCAGUGACGUUCGGGCUUCCAGAGAGAAAGCUGUCAUUGUCGGACAGCACUUCAGCGAGCCUUAGGCCGUUAGUUAAUAGAGUAUCCUACAUGUCUUAACAGAAGGCUGCACGGUUUAUUCUCACCUGAGCCAAAUGUAGGCGGGGUUCUUCCACAUUAUAAAUGUCUUCCUCACAAAAGAUAAUUUGUUCACCAAACGUGUUGUUAGUUGUCACGUGGCUAGCUUGAAGUUGUAGAAAAGGAGAACAUUCUAGAAGCUACGGGACACAAGAUGUCUCCACCUUUGUGUAGCAGAACGUCAGUAGGGGUGAAGAAGCUAGGAGUGCUAACUGUACACCCUGGGGGUGAACUGGGGACAGGGGUAUUAUUCAAAUGAAGGAUUGCUGUUAUUUCACAGCAAAUAAAGAGUAAGGAUUUUAUGAAAGCAGAAUCUGAAACAUGUAUCAUGUGGAUGUAAGGCUUUCUCAUGCUGAGUUUGUUGAACCAAGUGCCAAAUUAGUCUUAGUGUUUCUGUUUCUUCAGCAUCUUCUACCGGUUGGUCAGAAUAGAAAUCCUGGGGGUUUGUGAUGGCCAAGCAACAUCACACCUUUAAUUCAAUCACACUUCAGAUGGCUGAUUCUAAUGAUGAACCAUUAGCUAAUAUGGUUAAUUAGAGGACGGAAGGUUUAGGAGGCAGGCAGACUGGAUGAGUUUCAGGCCCCAGACUAUGAAGUGCCUGUACA